GACAGAAUGUCGUAAAGUCCUGUAGACGUCUAAAGAAGCAAGUGAGAUUAUUUUACUGUGGACGAAGACGUUUUGUUUCAUAAGUUGCUUUGUUAUUAAGAAGAAAACCCACUGACAGCAUCACUCCAGGACCCACUCGCUAAGAGCCAGUCCUGUCAUUACAACCAGAUGAAUAACUGCCUCCCAGGAAGCAGCUCUCCCAGAGAAUCUCUCCUGUCACACCUGUGGACUGCACUGGGCUCCAGUAGCCCAUCCAUGCCUGUUAUCCCCAUCCCACGGCGGGUGCGCAGCUUUCAUGGCCCCCACACCACCUGCAUGCACUCGGCCUGUGGGUCGUCGCACACUUCCAAGCUGGUGCGCACCAAGUACAACAACUUUGACCUGUACCUGCGCUCUCGCUGCAUGUACAGCUUCCUCCGCUUCCUACUUUACUUCGGCUGCAGUCUGCUGACCUCCCUGCUCUGGGUACUGCUCUCAGCCGUCUUCUUCCUGCAGUACAUCAGUGUGCGUGUGCUCCUGCGCCUGCAGUACAAACUCUCAGUUAUUCUGCUUCUGCUGGGGCACCGGCGCCUGGACUUUGGUGUGCUCAACGACCUGAUCAUCUACAGCAUGCACAUCACCAUGUUUCUGGUGGGGGGACUCGGCUGGUGCUUCAUGGUGUUUGUGGACAUGUAG